AUGUUGCAACUCAUGAACAACAACGACACACAGAUGAACAACGGUGAUGCACGGAUGGACAAGGAGGAUGGACGACGACACAGCAUGGCACUGGAUGUGCCACGUCGUCACUGGCACUAUUACUGGAGGAGCAUGUCGUUACAGCAAUGUGGCCACACCCAACAACCACCACCUCCCUGCUUGACCACCCCCAACCACCGACGAUGUGGCCACACCAUGUCACCAGCUGAAUGGAUGAAGUGA